AGAAACGCCCACCGGAUGCUUCAAACGUAUACAUCCGUUGAAAUCUCUGGCAAAUGUUUCUAUCUGUGUUUAUCGUAGGUUUUCUUCAUUACAUUUUUAUUUGGCGGUUGCAACAAAAUGAAAGGUGUAUACUGGAGUGUUAAUCUAUUUAUUUGAUCUAGCCCUGUGUUUCCGCCUACUAUUCUGGAGUUUAUCAUAGUUUAGUGCAGUACUGAAGUAAAUGGUUGUAGAGAGACGUAAACAACGGACAGGAAGUGGCAAUCUAGCACUUCGGUACUUCCAGGCGGGCAAUUUUGAAACGAGUAGGACUUCAGCUAGGGAGAUCAAGCAAAGUGAACUACUACAGUAUUUAUCUAGCUAGCAAGUUAUCCACUCGCAAUAUUGCAUUACAUCGGUUUUGCAUUAGUUAUUAGGGGCCUAGUCAGCUUUUUAUAUUUAUUUGUUAACUAUACAAUUAUCUUUUCUCAUUUCGUAAGCUAGCUUGUUAGCUACUGAUUUUAUAUUGGUAAAUCAAGCUGGAUAGGCGGCAAGGAUGACCAACGAGACACCACAACCCGUUUUGGCUGAUUCUACCUGCCAGCCACGAAGGAGGUCAAUGCGGUUGACCUCUCCAAAUGAUAAUGUCUCCAACUCUGCUCCUACAGAUGCCGUAAAACGCUGCAUCACUGUGAGGAAGAUUGCACCCAGGAAAACACAAGUCAAUGUCCCCUCUGAGGACCACACAGAAAAUGAACAAAGAUUGAUUGAAGGCAGUCCUAAGAAGUCCCAAAUCUAUACCCCAGGACCUGCCCAGGUCCCUACACCAAAAGCCACCAUGCUCUCCCCGAUCUUGGCCCCCUCACCACCCUGUCCACAGGCUGCAGCAAACCCAGAAGACUCAGCAUGGUCACAAAAGGUGCGGAGGUCUUAUACCCGCCUAAGCAUAGGGGACCCUUCAUUUGAAAGUCACCAGGUCAUGUACUCCUCAUCUCCUCAGCGUCGGGAGACCCUGUUUGGAUUUGAGAAGCUUCAGACACCUCAGGUUCUCCGCAAGGUUGAGAAGUUCAGGGUGGGCCCUGAAGCCUCCAGGUCUCUCUGUGGAGUCAGCUCCUUCACCCUGCUGGUAGGGGACAACAGUGCUGCUCCCGACCCAGAGCCAGAUUUCAAUAUCCCUGGUGUCGCUGUGGUAAAGGAGAAGAGGAGGAGGAAGGUUCCUCAAAUAAAACUGGCAGAGCUGGAUGACCUUGCGGCAAAGAUGAAUGCGGAGUUUGAAGAGGCAGAAGGAUUUGAAUUGUUGGUGGAAUAAACUCAGGGGUCAUCUACAAACACUUUGACAUGUGACUUGAAAGACUGGUUGCCAAUACUGGAGAAAGUUAAUGUUUUUAAUUUCAUUAUUGAAUUACAAAGACAGUGAAGAAGAGUUCAAUUUUUAUUUGAAUGAAUAUGCCACCUAUGGGAAACCAACAGGAUUAAUUUACAAGACAAAUGUUGAUUUUUUAAAAAUAUUUGUUUUAAUACAAACAAAAAAAUUCAGUUGGAAAUGUCAGAUUGGUAAUCACCAACAAUGUAUCUCAAGAAAGAAUUCUAGCUUCAAGGAUGUUCCUGUCACUUUGAUAUGUUAAUAGUUAUUUGUUUUUUGAAAUCACAACUUCAUUAGGUCACUGGGACAUCAUAUUGUGUUGAUGAGCACCCUUUAUAUUUUAAAUGAUUUGCUCAAUCAUUGUUGGAUUACAGGUGUGUUUUAACCUAAAAGAAUUAUUUACAAAGCACCUGUCACAUUUUGUUCCCUGGAGGUUGCGCUCACCCUCUCAUUGUGGCUUCUUCCAUCACUGUUAUUUUAUUUUGUAUUAGUGUAAAUGUAAUUAGUUUCUUUAUUCCACUCAUCGAUGAUAGUUUAGAUGUUAGUGAUUUAAGACUUAUAUUAUCUGAUCACCACUCCAUAUCAAUUGGAAACGUGUUCUUAUUGGCUGACCAUGUCCGUUACUGACUCAAGUCUAUCAUAUGGUUGAUCUCUGCUUUGUUUAGUUUUUCUGUAAGAAGUCAUGUUGCUUUUUAGAAUUGUUCUGUUAUCAUGAAUAUAAUAAAUAGUUUGUUAUUCUGUGUAACUCUUCCAGUUCGAAUAAUUACUGUAUGAAACAGUUCAUUUUUUCCUUUGAUCUAUGCAUUUGUGAUAACAACUGUGCUACAUAAUGCGUUCAUUAUAGUCAUUCAUUUUUAUCUUUUAAAGAUACUUUUUGAAGUAACAUUUUACCAGGCCAGUGAUAAAAAAUAAAAAAUAAAUAAAAAAUUAAAUGUCAA